AUGCGCUCCAACGGCCAUCUCGACGAUCUUUACGAAGAUCGCCAUGGCAAGAACAUAAAUAACGGAGUGGACACCCCGUCCCGAAAUCAAGCUGUCCUGUCCCAGUUGGAUGAUGACGUCUACGACCUCGCGCGUUCUGCUGGCGCCUCUUCUACCCAGGACGUUGACGCCCUUUUUACCACCUUGCACAGUGUCCUGUGCGAUUCAACCCCUUCCUGGAUCCUGCGUUCGGAAUUCCGCCAUCGACGACAAAGACCAAUGGAAAGUGUCCUUCAAUAUCAGCAGGCGCUUCGUCUGCUUGAUCAGCGGGCUUAUCCGGGGCUGACCGUUGAGACUUUGGUCUACCUCCUCCUAGAAAAAUUUGUCAACGGGGUCUCUGACACGGAGGUUCGCAAGGUGCUCCUACGUUAG